GUCUCUUUCUUAGUUGCUUUCAUACUAUCAUGAUUUUUCGUUAAGGAAUUGUUUUUUACUUAGGCUUUACUUAGAUAACUAAAAAAUAUUGAUUUAAUUUUUAACUUUUCGCCUAUAGGAAACACGUCUUUGCUUUUCGUAUUUAUUAAAUUCUUUCAAAGUAUUGUCUCUAAAAAAUAUGUCAGGUUCGUCACUACUAUUAAGAAAGCGUAAAAUUCUUAUAUGGACCAAUUUACUAUUUCCAGUUAACCACCUGCUUGCUAAAUGAAACCAUAGUGUUGAAACCCACAAAAUGUUAAACUUAAAUACUUUUUGUAAGCCAGCAACAGCGUAUUUACAGACUAGAAAGUCAUGCGUUGCGGGUGGCCUAUAAGUAAUUUGUAAGUAAUAGGUUAAGUACACGUGUGAAUAUUGCGGCAGGUAGUAGCAAGGUUAAGUUUAUGUUUUUCUGUAAAUUCUUUUCGGCGUCUUUUUAUGGUAAAAUAAAAUUUUUUUCUCUGCGUUAAUUCAGUGGAGUUUCAUUUCUGAACGGGUAGUUUGUAGUGAACCCACAUUUUUAUGGCGACCGUGACAGGACGCAGAGGAAAAUAGUAGUGAAACGCCGGUAAAGUGUGAAAACCUAAGUUGUCUUUUGUCGCCGUUUGUAUUCGAAUUACGCCUCAGUUUUUGUGCUGUUUCGGUUUUGAGGCCGGUUUGACCGAAUUCGUGUAUUAAAAAAGCGAAAAGACAAUGUCGGGACUCGAUAAUAAGAAAAAAGUUCGUGCCGUAGUCCGUGGCUCCUUUACAAAAUACGCUAAUGAGCUCGAUAGUCUUUUGACACAACCUGGAACUGAUCCACAAGCAAUAGAGGUAUGUCGCGACAUUCUGAAGGACAGGUUUAACGAAUUAAAGGCUGUUAGUUCCGAGUGCUUUUAUCUACUGUUAGAUGAAAAUACAAGUGAGGCAGACCUGACCGCAGACAGGGAUUGUUGUGAUGGUUAUGAAAGGAGGUUCAAGGAACUGAGCAUAAAAAGUGCCAAAAGGGUGUCAGCAGUACCUAGAGACGAAGAGGAGGUUCCAGACAGGAGCGAACAUGACUAUGACAUACGUUAUUUGGGUAAGAGAAAGUUUAAAUUACCUACCAUACAGUUUAAACAGUUUGACGGUAACAUUAGGGAUUGGCUUUCUUUCUGGACCCAAUUUAAAAAGGUUGAUGAGGAUCCAGACAUAGAUGCAGCAGAUAAAGUCGAAUAUCUAAUACAAGCUACUGUGCCUAAUAGCCGAGCCCGAAACCUCGUUAACAGUUUUCCUGCCACUGGGGAAAAUUAUUCUAAAAUUGUCGAUAGCCUUAAGUCACGUUUUGGUAGGGAAGAUAUUCAGGUAGAGGUUUAUGUUAGAGAACUGUUAAAACUUGUACUGAAUAAUGCCGUCUCCAAAGCCAAGCCUGAUGUGUCAACUCUGUACGACAGUAUUGAAACCCAGCUGCGAGCUCUGGAAACCCUGGGCAUAACGCCAGAUAAGUAUUCUUCUAUGCUUUACCCUUUAAUUGAGUCCUGUUUGCCUGAGGACUUGUUGAGAGUGUGGCAAAGAACUUCAGGUAUCCUGUGUGCAGAAAUCUCCAAUGAAGAGGAGCCGGAGGAAAGUGAGUCUGUGUCUGGAGCGUCCUGUAUUAAUUCUCUGGAAAAUAGAUUAAAGGCCUUGCUUAAGUUUCUUAGAAAUGAGGUGGAUAAUGAGCAGAGGAUUUCCAUGGCAUCGGAGGGAUUUGGUCUGCACAAGCCAAGGGGCCUCACAUCAAGAGAAGGGGAAGGAAAACCAGGGAGUUCUGAUUCUCGUGGUGUGUUGCCUACAGCUGCUAAUCUUGUCAACCAGGAGCAGAGUUUAGAACUACGACAUGGCAAUCGAGCUACGUGUAUCUUUUGUGAGAGGCAUCAUGACAGUCCGAGUUGCUUCAAGGCGCAGAGUUUUUCCUUAGAAAAAAGAAGGGAGAUUUUGUCUGCAAAAAGGGCAUGCUACAGGUGCUUAAAAGUUGGUCAUCAGUCUCGCAGGUGUCAUGCUCUUCUUAAAUGUGUGAUUUGUGGUAAAUCCCAUGUAGUUUUGAUGUGUCCCGAAUCAGGAACCCAUAGAUCAGCUAAACCAGGUGAAAAUAGCACUCCAAGAGAAAAUAACAAUCCUGCUGAAAUGCAGCUUUCCUGCACCAGUGACUCCAAAAGACAGCAUGUGUUUUUGCAGACCCUAAGGGUGAAAAUCAAGGGCGAAAAUUGCAUGAAGGAAGUAAGAGCUCUCAUUGAUACCGGAUCACAGCGCUCAUACAUUUUGAAAUCUACAGUGCAGACGUUGCAGCUUGUGGCCAAGUCGAGGGAAAAUAUCAUGCACUGCUUAUUUGGAGGUGUUUUGUCAGAGCAGUCCCACAGUGUUUAUGAGAUUCAUUUGUCGCAGGACAAUGGUUUUAAGUGUAGGUUUGAUGUGUUAGACCAGCCUAAGAUUUGCAGUGAAAUUCCCAGUGUUUUUUCCGGAGUGUGGAUGGAUGAGCUGCAAAACCUAAAUAUUGAAGUUAGUGAUGUGGGACAGUCAGCGACUAUUGAGUUGUUAAUCGGUUCUGAUGUAGCCGGAAAGUUAUAUACAGGUCGCACACAAAGACUCAGCUGUGGGCUGACAGCCAUGGAAACUUUGCUAGGCUGGACGAUUAUGGGUAAAGUGCCAAUAGAGCCUGGUGAAGAAAAUGUAUCCCACAGCUUUUUAAAUUGUAUGGUGAUGGAUUCCUGUAUAAGUAAUCUAUGGGAGCUGGACGUACUAGGAAUCACUGACCCCGUGGCUAAUAAAAGUAAGCUGGAUUUGGAAAAGGCGGCUUUAGAAUUUUUUGACCAGACGGUUCAAGUAAAUGAAGAAGGGAGGUAUGAAGUGAGGCUUCCAUGGCUGGAUGGACACCCCCCACUACCGACCAACCAUUCCAUAGGAAAGAAGAGACUUGGAACAACUCUUAAGAAAUUGAAGUCAGAAAAUGUAUAUGAGUCAUAUGUUACCAUUUUCCAGGAAUGGCUUCAAGAAGGUGUUAUAGAGCUUGUGCCUGACAGUGAUGACAACUUGGGCCAUUAUCUGCCACACCGGCCAGUAAUAAAAUCGAGUUCCAACUGCACAACCAAAAUAAGGCCAGUUUUUGACGCCAGUGCAAAAGUAAAAGGAAAAGUUUCAUUAAACCAGUGUCUGGAAAAAGGUCCUAACCUUAUCGAGCUGAUUCCAGAGAUUUUAACACGAUUCAGGCGAA